UUUCUGUCUUCUGCAGAAGAAUCCUCUGACACGGUGAGGGCGGCAUCGUAUAUCUUCAUUGGAGUGGGCGCUCUGUCAAUGGCCAUGGGAUUCUUCGGCUGCAUAGGAGCCAUCUAUGAAAUCCGUUGUCUGCUGGGACUGUACUUCACCUGCCUUCUGCUCAUCCUCGUUGCUCAGGUCACUGCUGGAGUUCUCGUUUACUUCCAGAGAGAUCUGCUGAAACAUGAGAUGUCUGAAAUCAUUGGGAGGAUGAUAGUCAACUACACUGGUCAGAACAGGACCACGGAGCACGCCUGGGACCUCAUUCAGAAGAAAAUGAAUUGCUGUGGGUGGACCGGUCCAGGAAACUGGUCUGAAAACCUUCUGAUCAAGAACAGCACUGACUAUCUGUAUCCAUGCUCCUGUCGAAAUGAGUCCCUUCCAGGCACUGAACCAAAAAAUGUUGGCCUGUGUACCAGCCUGUCUGCACAGCUGCCCGUCUUUGAAACGGGUUGCAUGACCAGCGUGGAUAAAUGGCUGAUGGAUAAUUGUGGAAUAAUUCUGGGGAUCUGUGUCGGUGUGGCCGUGGUCGAGCUUCUGGGAAUGAUCCUCUCCAUGUGUCUGUGCAAGAGCGUCGUCCGGGAGGAUUACAGCAAAGUACCGAAGUACUGAGCCGAGCACAGAGCCAGUCGCACGUUACACACAGACGGACGCUCUUUCACUCUCUCUCCUCCACGCACCAAAGCUCACACGCAUAUUAAGACGGCCGUCUUCACCAAUUGAGGUUCUCAUGUCUUUGACAGCUGUGCAAAAAAACCUCACUCCCUCAGCCAGCGUGUCCCUCUGUCAGACACAGCUCUCACUCAACACGUUGAAUAUUUAAUAUUCUACAAUUUGAUUGGUUUCACAUUUUGUAUUUUCUUAAAAGGUUUUUAAGAAUUUCCUGAUUAAAUACCAUGCAAACGUCCUUGUAGGUUUUAGUGGUUUUGCUGCCGCCUCGGCCGACCUUGGCGAAGCAUUUUAGUGACAUUUGUUGAGCUGUUUUUUAGGCAGGCAGAUGGCAGGGAACCAGAGAGUGUGUUUGUAGGCCCUAUGAAGGAUUACUGCCUCCCUGUGAUCAUGCACCUGGUAUUUUAAUGCUGAGUAAGGGUUCUGUUUAGGGCCGCAGCGAUGGAGGUCUUUGGCUCCGUACGGAAUCAGCUCUCUGCCUCCAAUAACCCUGACAUUAGCCUCCACUGACCCCUCCUCCUCCUCGAUAUUGUUAUCCAUCAUCCUCUCAAUCUUACGGAGCCCCUCUGAUGA